AUGCUUUGUCAACGACAAGACAACGCUGGUGCAGUCCCCACGCCAUCGCCCGUUGUCAAUCCCGACGCAAGCGAUGCUGCGAACCUCAGUGACAUUCAGAGCCAAUGGUGCACGACUAGCGUUGGCUGUGACAACUUUGAUCUAAACGAAUUGUCCGCACUACUUUCACGGCAAAAUAUUCAGGUGCAUCAUACGCGCGGGCAGCUUUUGCCGACCAAUGCUCAAAUGCACGAUCGCGCUGCACCACUGCCUCGUCUCGUCGUGUCACCCAAAAAUGAGGGUGAGGUUGUUCAGACUCUGAGGGCAUUCAAAAGACUGCGCCUAUACGGAAGAAUCCCGCUGUCUGUUAAAAGUGGUGGCCAUGGCUACUUCAAUGGGGCUUCUUGCACAGGCGUGAUGUUGAAUCUCUCGGCUAUGACCGGGCGGCGAGUCGACAACAACACGCUGCUCUUGGAGCCCGGGUGUCUCCUCGCGGGGACCAUUGAUAUGCUGGCCAAGAACCAGAAAGCGGUGCCUCACGGCGAUUGUUUCGGAGUUGGCGCAGGAGGUCAUUUCCUUACCGCCGGCUGGGAUCUUAUUCUUGCCCGGCGUCUUGGUCUCGGCUGCCAGUCUGUUGUCGGUGGGAGGGUCGUUCUUUGGGACGGAACGGUCUUGGAGGUGGGUGACAAUCAUGCGGAGCUACUAUACGCCAUGAGAGGCGGAGCAGCCGCGGGGGUUGGCGUCGUUACGAAAAUCCACCUUCGAGUUAUCGACGAGCCUCGCCGAGCAGCUUGGAGAUUUAUACGGAUUGACAAACAGCAACUCGAGACUUGCGUCAGAAACAACGCCUUUGCAAACUCAUUAGGCUUGCCGAGAGACGUGUCCGUGUCAUUUCGCUUUCAUUUCGAACCGGAUACGACCGAACCAGUCUGUUCUUUCAACAUUGUCAGCUUAUUGACAGCUGAGGCGACCAUCAAUGUUCUCGAGACACAUUUGGGCCAAGAAGUUUUUCGUUUGGUAGAUGACACCUCUCGGUGGCAGCAAAGGCGUCUGCUGGAUUUGCGGCUGAUACCCGCUUCAGAUCACCUGAAGAAGGACCCGACGAGGCUGGCCGAUGUCACUCAAGAGGACUUGCACAACAACCCGCUGGACUAUUGGACUGAAAGUUCAACCAAGCGCGAGAUGGACAGGUCGUACUUCACCUCCAUCUCUUACUGGGUGAGACCUAAUUGCGAGGACAUGUUUAAUGAUUUGUACCAUGCGUUCGAGGAGGUCCCGAGCCGCCACCCAGCGAGGGAGAGGAUGUACGCUCUUGUUAUCCUAGGCGGUGGUCGUAUGAACGAGCUGCAGGACCAGUGUGCCAUGCCACUCGGCGAAGCGUUAGCUCGCUUUGAGCUACACUGGGAUGAUGACGCGAAAGAGAGGAAAUGGAGCGAAAGCUUUACGGCAAAGAUCUCUGAAAUAUUGCGGUCUGUAGAAGAUCCCUGCCCGGGCAGACCGUACCGAGGCGAUGUCUGGAUAGAAGGACAGGACAGGGACGCUACGCUUGAUGCCAUCUUUAAAACAUAUGAUCGCCGUUUUGUCUAA